AUGAUAGACCAACUGGAUAAAAUAUUUGCCAACUUUGGGAACCCUGAACAAGGUGUGAGUGACAAUGUUUGUGGUGCAGAGUUUGAGGAAUACCUGGAAUAUUUCAGUCAGAGUGAGGGGGAGCCUAGCUUUGAGGGUGACCAGCUGGUUGAAGGUGGGAAGCUGACUAACAGUACGGAAUACCGCGAGGCUCGGCAGUAUCGCAGUCCCACUCACCUCCUGCAUUUUUACUUUCUGACACGGAUUUACUCCGACUACAUGGAUAGUAUCUUAGCCGAUUUCCAAAGAGAACCACAACCUGAUGUCCUUAUUGUUAACUCAUGUAUCUGGGAUAUCUCCAGGUAUGGCUCCAAUUCCAUUGAGCAAUAUCGAGAGAAUCUGGUCAAGUUCUUCACAAGGCUGAAAGAGGUCCUUCUCCCAGAAUGCCUUGUGAUCUGGAACAUGGCCAUGCCACUGGGUGAGAAAAUCAAAGGUGGUUUCCUGAUACCAGAGCUGCAAUAUCUGGAUGUGAGUUUGCGUUAUGAUGUGAUCGAAGCCAAUUUCUACAGUGCCCUGUUGGCUGAUGCUCAUGGCUUUGAUGUGUUGGAUUUGCAUUACCAAUUCCGGUUUGAACUGCAGCACCGUGCAGCUGAUGGAGUUCAUUGGAGCCAUGUUGUUCACCGCCGAAUUACCCAGCUCCUGCUCCAGCACAUUGCGUCUGCCUGGGGUGUGGCUCUGCCCCCUGGGAAGCCACGAG